GAGCACGUGCCCGAUUGGACUGUUUACAAACAUUGGGCUUACAACUGAGAGUUUUAGUUUACCAACAAGGGCAUGUGCGGUCAGGAAUAUUGUUGGUAGGCCUAUACUUAUACAUACACAGGCCUGCUUUGAGUGCAUUAGCCUGAACAGGUUAUGACCUCGCCAACAGCUGGCGUGAUGCCAUUAACACCUACCAGGCCAAUACUUGAUUUGACGCGUACGCAUUCGUCAUUUAUUAGCCAGGUUUUAUCGAUGCAUGCACGUUCGGAGUUGCAGAAGAUCGAUAAUGCCAUGACGUAGCACAGGUGGUAAAUUAUUUAUUCAUUGGCCGGUAAUAAAUACGGAAUAUCCAAACAGGAACGUACGCGGUGAAGGUAGCGAAGGUCGAAUUAGAUAGACAAGAACAACGAAUACUCCGCCAUAACCUUGUUCAGUUUCCGAUAUUCCGUUUUACCAAAUAUAUUCGCGUGGAAGCGGUGAGUUUCUGUGAUGACUUCUAUCAGUUUUAUCAAUGCAAUCCGCCAUCAACAACCCGUCGCCUACAUAGAGAAAUGCAGGAACAAUAUUCCUAAACGUCACUGGUGGGACGUUCCGGACUACGUCUACACGAAUUCGGACGCGUUGCAAUUGGCUGUGAUGUACGGAAAUAUAGAAUACGUGGCGUAUUUUCUUGAUGAUGAGUUGAUCCGUGAUUCUCUAGCCCCCGCCUGCUGUCCCAUCAUAUUGAUGGCCAUCAGUAUUGGAGCAGACGACAUAUUGGAACUCAUCUGUCAGCGCGUGCAGAAGGCGCAAAUCCUCUGCAAAGGCGUUCCAUAUAUCGACGCACGUGGCUGUAUAAUGGAGGAGGGGAAAACCCCGCUACAUCUUGCAAUUCAGCUCGGAAGGGUACACGCUUGCAAUAUAUUAUUGAAAUAUGGUGCCAAUCCAAAUGUGACUGAUAUGUACGGUUUAACGGCGUUAGAACGUGGUCUGCAAACUCUUCUCAUCUCCAAUGACGAGCUGGAGAACUUGCUACAGACGGCGACCAGGCCUGACUUCACUGAAAAACAUCCCGUUUUUCUUCAGCUGAAGAAAAAGCGGCAAAGUAUCUUGUUAAAUCUGUUGGAACUUGGUGAUUUUAUGAUAACAACAGACAGAGAAUCCGUCCCUUUCUUACGAGGAUUGUUGAGAGACUGUUUUAACAUUUUACCGCAGGAGUUUUUGGGAGCGUUGCUUUACUUGAAUCACCUGAUGGAGAAGCUAUUCGAGCCCCCAAGCCUUGUCCGGCUCUGCAGAUUCAGUAUCAGGAGUCAGCUAAGGUAUCGCCAUCUUCCCCAUGCCGUGGAACAUUUGGGACUACCCCCUUACUUAGCAAAGUACGUGCUGCAUGACAUCAAGGAGGCUUUGGUUACGUUAUAGCCGGUGUAAAAGUAAAAAGUGUCCCCCCUGGAAAAAGUGUCCGGCCCUAUUGUAUUCUGCAGACCCUGACCAUCAAUAGCUCAGAGAUUGAAGCGCAUAAUAGAAUCCUUUGUUCCCGGACAUUUUAUCCUAGGACAUUUUAAACUUCUACACCGGGAUACCGACAGAGGGUUUGAGGUUAAAAAGCAUCUGUGAUAUGUUUAUUAUUUUACAUGUACAAUGCAUACUCAGGAUAUCCCACAGUGCUAGUCAAGGUACUUUGUACGUUGUAUGCUUUUUUGUACGUUGUAAUGCAUGCAUACUCUCUUUAUGCAGCAGUUUAAACAUUGUUGAUGUAGAUUUCUUUAAAGGGGGACACUAGCUAUAGGCAGAAGCUACAUGUAAGUGGUUAGUUUAGUUGUUUUCUACACUCCGCUCUGACAAAACGAGUCGAGUUGUUGCACCAUUAUUUAUGUAUAAUUCGCAUCUGGUUGGCCAAAGAAAUCGUCCAGAGCCGAGAGAUUCAUGUUUUUUAAAAAUAUUAUAAUAACACUUAACUUAUUCUGAACAGUUUACACAUACUUAACUUAUUUAAUCGCAUUGCACCAAAAUGAGUAUUGUUUUAUUAGUGUUUUAAUCACUGAUUAUAAUGAAUAUGAGAACACGGGUACAAUGAGUCUUCUUUUAAUAUACUAAUUGUUGAUAUUGUAUGAAUCGUAUACACGUGUAUAUAUAUUUAUUCCAAAAUGUCAUGAAUUUUCUUCCAGGGUAAUUGACAUACAGGUUCCCAUGACGUCCUUGUGGUCCACCACACUGCUAUUGUAAAUACACCGGGUCUUAUUGAAGCCUAGAAGCUGUGAAAUGCACACCAAAUUGCACAUAAGUGAAUAAAUCCUCAUGUUUUUGAGAGUACAUAUA